AUGACAUUGAAUGAGGAGCAAAUACGUCAGACGGAUAUUUUGGAACGUUUAGACAAAAAAUUCGACUCUUGUACGCCUAAUUCAUACCCCGAAAGCUGUGCUGAAUCAUCGAAGAAAAAGCUGGUAAUCCGCGUACCAGAGUACAGCGAAGACCCCUUCGAGGUGUCCUGCGAUCAGGAGAGUCAUGGAGGAGGGUGGACCGUAAUUCUGCGGAGAAACGAUGGCAGUCAGGACUUCUUCCUCGAGUGGAAGGACUACAAAAAAGGAUUCGGCGAUCUGGACAAUGAGUUCUUCAUGGGCUUAGAUAAAAUGCAUGCGAUGACAUCAGAGCCCCAGGACAUGUUAGUCCUUGUAGAGGAUUAUAAUGGAAAUCAGGGCUAUGAGCUAUACGAUGACUUUAGAGUUGGGCCGGAGGGUAACAACUAUACUUUGGAAUCGGUGGGAAAGUUUUCAGGAACCGCCGGCGACUCGCUUACAGUUCAUCAGGGCAUGCAGUUUAGCACCAAGGAUCGCAAUAACGAUUUUUGGAAAUCAAACUGUGCGGUUCAAUGUGGAGGAGCUUGGUGGUACGAAGCUUGCUAUUGGAGCAACUUGUGCGGAACAUAUGGUCAAGAUAAUUAUCCUCUGGGUGUAUAUUGGGCCAACAAGUUUAUUAAACGUGCUGUAAUGAUGAUAAGGCCAAAAGCGUAUUUUCUUAAACAUGUAAAAUAAAAAUUAAUUCAGCUGUCUUUAUUAAGUAAUAUGGUAAUAAAGUGUUUAAUAACAUUGCAGUAUACUGACAAUAGUUAUUGCCAAUGUAAAA